CUAACUACUCGGUAGAGAAAAUUUAGUGGUCUAUACCUGAUUAUUGAACGCCCGCGUCUUUCUGGUCACGUGAUUAAUAGGAGACGACGAAGAACAAAAUGGCAGACCAACAAUAUGCUGCACAGUAUCAAACAAGUGGACAAGCAGGAUAUAACUACGCAGGUGCUUAUGGAACUACUCAAGAUUCCUCUGCAUAUGGACAGCAAGGUGGGGCUGCAUAUGGCUCAGCGCCGGCUGGUCAGACAGCGUCCGCAGGAGGCUAUGGUGGUCAGACACAACAGGUAGCUGGAUAUGCAGGGUAUGAUACCUCUGCUUACCAGCAACAGGGAAGUCAGGGACAAGCUGCACCACAGAGUCAGUAUGGCCAGCAGGCACAAGGCCAGACUGGUGCACAGGCGUACAGUUCAUAUGGUUCGUAUGAUCAAAGCGGAUAUGGCCAACAGCAGUCAUCCCAGGGUUAUGGCCAACAACAGUCUCAAGGUGGCUAUGGACAAAGUGCAGGUGGUCAGCAGUCCCAGGGAUCAUACGGAGGUGGACAACAGAGUAGCUAUGACCAACCAGCAGGUGGCGGAGGCAGUGCCGGUAGUUAUGGAGGUUCAGCCUCAGGAGGAGGAAGUUAUGGAAGUCAAGGACAAUCGGGAGGGUACGGUGGACAGAGUGGCGGUUACGGUAGUGGUGGUGGAUCUGGUAGCUAUGGUAGUAGCUCUGGCGGUGGUCGUGGAGGUGGUGGGGGAUAUGGAGGAGGUGGUAGAGACAGUGAUAAUGGUGGGCGUGGCAGUUAUGGAAGUGGUGGAGGAGGAGGUGGUGGUAGAGGAGGUUUCACCAAAUUUGGGGGUG